CUAUUUCCGAUCUGGCCCGGCUACGAGAAUUGUCAGACGACGUGGCCGAUAAUGAGGUAUGGUGGGCAGUGCAAAUAAAACGGUGAUAUUAUCUCAAGUUUUUCCGAUGCCACGCAACGAGGCUCAAUAAAGCGAUUAUUGUUACGAAUUGGAAUCUCUGGCCGCGUUUCGAUCCCUCGCGCGCUGUCGCGUAGGCACGACGUUGCAGCAUGGGUCUGUGCAAGUGUCAAAGAAGAGUAACGAAUCAAUUUUGUUUUGAACAUCGGGUCAAUGUAUGCGAACAUUGCAUGGUCACGGGUCACCCAAAGUGCAUAGUGCAAUCAUAUUUACUGUGGCUCCACGACCAUGAUUAUAAUCCAAUUUGUACGCUGUGUUCGGAAAAAUUGAGCGAUGGCGAUUGUAUAAGAUUAACCUGCUAUCACAUGUACCACUGGGUGUGUUUGGACCGAUACGCCAGAGAUCUGCCACCAACUACUGCACCAGCGGGUUAUACUUGUCCUACAUGUAAAGCGUGUAUCUUUCCACAGCCAAAAUUAGUGUCCCCAGUCGCAGAUGUUCUGGUUGAGAAAUUGGCCACUGUCAAUUGGGCUCGAGCAGGUCUUGGUUUGCCAUUGCUAAGUGAAGACAGGGAACAAAAGCCAGAACAAGAACGUUCUUUGAUAACAGUGGAAAAUUCUCUGUUCCAAAAUCACACGGCUGCUAUACCAUCGGCGCCUACAGUGGCGGUGUCCCGUACAAGCAAUACCAUAAAUUCCAAUUCUAUUGUCAGCAACGUACAUACAAACAAUCAAAAGCUUGGUCCACCUUAUUCAGUUGUAAAUAUUGAUUCGUCACUAGGAUUAUCCGCUCCAGGAUUGAGGAAGGUAUGCGAAGCUUACGACGAUCCAAAGGACAUGUCCUUCGAUCAUGAUGAGAACAAAUAUCAACGCAAGUCAGCUAUAGAAUGGUUCCGGCGAUGGUGGAAACUGAUAUCGAGAGCACCAGUACGACGGAAAACCGCAGGAUCUUUGUAU